GAAGGCAAGAUGGGUCACCAGCAGCUCUACUGGAGUCACCCAUGGAAGUUCGACCAGGGUUCUCACUCCUGCCGCGUUUGCUCUAACCGCCACGGUCUGAUCCGGAAAUACGGGCUCAACAUGUGCUGCCAGUGUUUCCAUCAGUACGCGAAGGACAUAGGCUUAAUUAAGUUGGACUGAGCCACCUUGGGUGGAUUAUUCA